AAGGGAAAGCGUGACCUUGAAGAGAUCGAGUCGGAAAUGGAGAUCGAGAUGCGCGACUCGGAGAGCACGAUUGAGGAGCGCAGCUUUGACGACGAAGACUUCGAUCUGGAAGUUCGUGAUGACUGCAUCAUCUGCCUUGAGGCGAACGCGAAGCACACGAACUGCCCGAACGGCGCUUCGCACCCUGCUCAUGCUACUUGCCUCAUGCAGUGGGCACAGUCUCAGGCGAAUGCUGGUCAACCGUUGACCUGCCCUGCUUGCCGCGCACAGAUCUCCCCCUUGAUCAAGGUGGUGAAGAAGGCUCCGCAGUCCCCUACGGGCGGGAGGCACUGAGGAGCAGGCUUGGGUCACUCCCCUUUGUAGAACAUUUACAUGCGGAGAUUGUAUCUGAUCAGGAUGUUAAUGGAAAAUUCGCCUGUGCCGUUAUU